CACUGAAACUGCACCAACGUUAACGUCGACGACAUGACAACUAGCGUGUCGCCAUUUGCUCGCAGCACCGCGUUCGACGAGCCCCGCCUCGGCGGGCGCGAGCAGACCAUUGAAGAAAUGUACAGCGUCCCUGAGAGCUUCUUAGAAAUUGAAGUUCGCAAUCCUCAAACACACGGUUUCGGCAGAAAGAUGUAUACCGACUACGAGAUCGUGUGCAAGACAAACAUUCCCGCAUUUAAGCUGCGCCAUUCUCUCGUCCGGCGCCGUUAUUCCGACUUCGAGGCGUUCCGCGAUAUUCUGGAGCGCGAAUCUACUCGUGUCAACAUUCCUCCACUCCCUGGCAAAGUCUUCACCAAUAGAUUCUCCGAUGAAGUCAUUGAGAGUCGAAGGGAGGGACUGGAACGAUUCUUAAGCAUCGUUGCUGGUCACCCACUCCUGCAGACCGGUAGUAAGGUUCUCUGCGCAUUUAUGCAGGAUCCGGCCUGGGAUAAAUCUCAACAACCUUAAUAUAUGUCCUGUACCCUUCUGCCACACUCUCUUCUUGUAUAUUUUACGCUGUUUGUUUUAUGCCCUGUCUCACUACAGAUUCGAUUUUUAUCUGCCGAUCA